AUGGCAAAGCCGGGAGUUUCCAAGAAGAACAGACAACCCUCCAUCCACUCAAGAGCCGCGAGGCGCGCAACGGACUUGGACAUCGACACCGACAAGUCUCUUAAGAAUGUGAAGCCGCCAACAGAAAUAGCCGACCACCGGCCUUCAGUUCUGGCCGCCCAGCAUAAUUCGGGUGUGUCCAAGAAGACGAAGAACCGCAAGUCGCAAAUGAGCGCCAAGGCGAAGAAGAGGAACGAAAAGGCCAUGGAUCGUGCAGAGGCCAUCAUGGAAAGGACCGCCAACAAGAUCGAGAAGAGCAAGAGCCAUUCGCGGAGGAUCCAAGCGCGGAGCAAGGGAUGGGAAGACAUCAACAAGGACAAGAGGUUUCAGAAGAAGUUCCCUGAUGAAGAAGACCUGGAGCAAGAGGAGAGGAAAGACAGACAACAGAUCACCGCCGGGAAGGACUGGGAGACGGACGAGGAGAUGGACGGUGCUGACGAGGAGGAUGCACCUGCCAAUAAUGCCGCGCAGGCAUCCCUGCCACAAACUGAUGAUUUUGACGAAGAGAUUCUGUAA